UCGUUUCCUUUUUUUAACCGUGUUAGCUAAUGUUAACGUACGGGACCAACUGUACCCGUCUUUAAGCCUAAAGGAAACUGAUUAAUUAGUCUGUAGUAUACAAGUAAUUGAGAGGACGCCUCACUCCUCCUUUGUUUUUGUCUUCUUUUGGUUGAAAGGGGAGAGAGCCCCACAGGGUAUUCGGGCUAGUGGGUCGUCGGGAGUUGGAACGACGACGAGCUUCUUCCUACUUCGCCUCGCAUUAAAAUAAAAUCUUCUUCUAGCGGAUAUCAGAUGACAGACACGUCUACGUUAACUGUAAGCCUAUGUAGGGGUUAACAAUGACCCGAAGAGAAGGAGCUAUUCUCUGGACUGGCCCAACACGGCGUGAAAGGCUAGGCUAGGUUUCGGUCCGAACUGUCAUGAAAGCUAGCGCUCUCCGAGCGGGUUCUUCUGACUAAUGGGACGCACAUAGCAGCCACAAGACGUGCUCUCUAUAACUGUUCAAGACACGCGACACCGUUAUUUUUUUAAAGGGGGGGGAUUCCUUUGUCAAUGUUGUACGCAAGUACCAGAGGAUCAUCAUGUCGUUCUUUAAUUUCCGUAAGAUCUUUAGAUUGGGUUCGGAAAAGAAGAAGAAGCAGUACGAGCACGUGCGCAGAGAUGAGAAUCCGGAGGAGAUAUGGGAUAUGAUCGGUGAGCUGGGAGAUGGAGCCUUUGGAAAAGUGUUCAAGGCGCAAAACAAAGUGACGGGAAUUCUUGCUGCAGCCAAAGUUAUUGACACAAAGACCGAGGAGGAGCUGGAGGACUACAUGGUAGAGAUUGAAAUCCUGGCCUCCUGCGACCACCAAAACAUUGUCAAGCUGCUCGACGCGUUCUAUUUUGACAGCAAGCUGUGGAUCCUCAUUGAGUUCUGUGCUGGAGGGGCUGUGGACGCAGUCAUGCUAGAACUGGAGAGACCUCUGACGGAGCCUCAGAUCAGGGUGGUGUGUCAGCAGACCCUGCUAGCCCUCGUCUACCUACACGAAAACAACAUCAUCCACAGAGACCUGAAGGCUGGCAACAUCCUCCUCACGCUGAACGGCGAUGUCAAGCUGGCUGACUUUGGUGUGUCUGCCAAAAACGUCAAAACCCUGCAGAGGAGAGACUCUUUCAUUGGGACUCCUUACUGGAUGGCUCCAGAGGUGGUGAUGUGCGAGACGUCCAAGGACCGUCCGUACGACUACAAGGCCGACAUCUGGUCCCUCGGGGUCACCUUGAUAGAGCUGGCACAGAUUGAGCCGCCCAAUCACGAGAUGAACCCCAUGAGGGUCCUGCUGAAAAUAGCCAAGGCAGAUCCUCCGACCCUGAUGCAGCCUUCACGCUGGUCCCCAGAAUUCAGUGACUUCUUGAAGCGGUGUUUGGACAAGCAUGUGGACAACAGAUGGAACCCCACACAACUGCUUCAGCAUUCAUUUGUGUCCAGCGUGACGGACAGCAGGCCCCUGAGGGAGCUCAUAGCCGAGGCCAAGGCUGAGGUCACGGAGGAGAUCGAAGUCCACAAGGAGGAAGAAGAGGAGGAAGAGACGGAAGCCCACCCGGGCCACAAACGCGCCCACUCUGAUGUCAGCGUUGCCAGCUCCGAGGAUGAGAAGAUCCCCCUCUCUCCCUCCAGCCUGGAACCAGUCCCUGAGAAGGUGGAGCCCACUGUGCCCCCACCCGCUAAACUCCCUGUGGCCAACCACGUGGUGGACACUAGCUUUGUGGAGGAGGCCGCCUCCCCGGUAGUUGAGGAGACCUUAAACACUCCAGAUGAGGAAGGAGAGCUGGGACCGAAACCAGUGGAGGAACAGCCCCCAGAAGCAGGAGGAGAUGUUGCCUCUCCAGAACCAGAGAACGCACCAGACGCACCGGUCAAGGAAAUGCAGCAGCUGGAGAUUGCAGUCGAGGAUGAAAAGGAAGUUGACACGUCAGAGGUUCCAGCCAACCCACAGGCCAGCUCAGAGGGCACUGAGGCUCCGCAGGAGGAGAAGAUGGCUGUUAUAGAGGAGUCAAACGCACCAGCCGAGGAGAAGGAGCAGCAGCAGGAGGAGGAGGAGGAGGAGGAGGACCGGUACAAACAUCUCAAGGUGACACUGACACUACCAGAGCAAGAUGAAGGUGUCCCAAAGCAGGAGGAUGGGGAGAAGCCCACAGAAAAGGAGAAGAUGAAUACAGAACAUGAGAAGACGGUUCCAGACCAAGCUACGGAUGACAAAGAGAAAGAUUCCGACUCUCUGAGCAACUCGGUCGCAGACAACAGCAGCGUGGACCUCAACCUGUCCAUCUCAAGCUUCCUGUCUAAGACAAAAGAGCCGGGCUCGAUCUCCGUACAGGACAACAAGCGGCAGAAGAAGACGAUGAAAAAGACUCGCAGAUUCAUGGUGGAUGGAGUGGAAGUGAGCGUGACGACAUCAAAGAUCAUCACUGACAAUGAUACCAAGAACGAGGAGAUGAGGUUCCUGAGACGCCAGGAGCUGAGGGAGCUGCGUUUCCUGCAGAAGGAGGAGCAGCGGGCCCAGCAGCAGCUCAGCAACAAGCUGCAGCAGCAGAAGGAACAGAUCCUCCGGCGCUUUGAGCAGGAGACCACGAGUAAGAAACGUCAGUACGACCAGGAGGUGGAGAACCUGGAGCGGCAGCAGAAGCAGACCAUCGAGAGGCUGGAGCAGGAGCACACCACCCGGCUCCGGGACGAGGCCAAGCGCAUCAAAGGCGACCAGGACAAAGAGCUGUCCAAGUACCAGAACAUGCUGAAGAACCGCAAGAAAGAGGAACAAGAGUUCCUUCAGAAGCAGCAGCAGGAUCUGGACACCGCUCUGAAGAAGAUCAUCCAGCAGCACAAACUCGAGCUGGCCACCAUCGAGAGAGACUGCCUCAACCACAAGCAGCAGCUCCUCCGAGCACGGGAGGCCGCCAUGUGGGAGCUGGAGGAGCGCCACCUGCAGGAGAAACACCAGCUGUUCAAGCAGCAGCUCAAAGACCAGUACUUCAUGCAGAGGCAUCAGCUGCUGAAGAGACACGAGAAGGAGAUGGAGCAGAUGCAGCGCUACAACCAGCGGCUGAUCGAGGAGAUGAAGAACAAGCAGACGCAGGAGAGAGCCCGGCUGCCGAAGAUCCAGCGCAGCGAUGCCAAGACCCGCAUGGCCAUGUUCAAGAAAAGCCUCCGCAUCACCGGAGCGGCCAUCACCCCCGAGCAGGAGAGGGAGAAGGUCAAACAGUUUGCAGCUCAGGAAGAGAAGAGACAGAAGAACGAGAGGCUCCAUCAGCUUCAGAAACACGAGAACCAGAUGAGGGACCUGCAGCUGCAGUGCGACGCCAACGUCCGGGAGCUGCAGCAGCUGCAGAACGAGAAGUGCCACCUGCUCAUCGAACACGAGACCCAGAAGCUGAAGGAGCUGGACGAGGAGCACGGCCUGGAGCUGAAGGAGUGGAGGGAGAAACUACGACCCAGGAAGAAGGCCCUGGAGGAGGAGUUUACCAGGAAGCUGCAGGAACAGGAAGUGUUCUUUAAGAUGAGCGGCGAGUCGGAAUGCCUUAACCCGUACAGCCACAGCCGCAUCUCCAAGUUCUACCCCAUCCCCACCGUCCACUCCACCGGUUUCUAGUCGACAUGGACAUGAUGUGCACACGCACACACACACACACACACACACACAGCGCAACAGUCCAGACUGAGCUUCCUUGCCUUUUGUCUUCUGGAAAACUGUUGGAGGCAGUUCUGUUUCUGGACUCUGCUCCUCAGUCGGCAGUCUCAGCCUCAUUUUUUUGCACCUGGUCAUACUUUCACGCUGUUAUUAUUUUUGAAGGACAAUUAUGGAGGCGAUUUAGCAGAUUCCGUGUUUCAGUGAAGGAGCUGUCUGGCCAACCUUCCUGUUUGAUUGUUUUUUUUAUAAAGAUGCCGGUGCCUGUAGGAUUUGAUCUGUUCAACUGUAAAAUUAUUAUUAUUUUCUGCUCUAUUCUUUUCUUCCUUGGACACGUGUACGGAAGCUCUGAGAAGCAAAGAAGACUAGAAAUACUGUGGAGAGAUGAUCUUGGGAAAACCUUUCAACCACCCGUCUCAGGGCUGCCCUACAUUUGCAUGAGGAAAAAAAAUCUGUUUUAUACAACUUAAACAAACUGUUGAUGAUUUCAUUGAGGUAAAUAUUUAACAGCAACCAUAUCAUUUCUACUUGAUAACAUAGAAUGUAUUCCUGCUCCUUCAGCUGAAGGAAUGAUCCAGUAUAUUUGAUGGACCCUAUAUCUCUGUUAGACGUUUAGCUUGUGAUGCGUAGAGCUUGAGCUGAUGCAUGAUCAACACGAGCUUCGGGAACCUUCUUCCGGAUGCCUCCAGCAUGCAGUGCUGUCCAGCGAGCUGUCCGCUCCCCGUCAGCGGCUUCAAACCGUUCCGUUCUGAGCGGAUCCUAACUGCAGCUCCACGUGUCCUGCUGCUGCUGCUGAGGAGUUUCUGUUAGCAUUGUCCUGCUAGCUGAUAGCCUUAAGGAUGGAUAUUAAUGGACCCCUGGUGUCGGGGCGACGCUGGGUUUUACGCCAGCUGGCCAACUUCCUGUUGACUGAAGCAAGCGGACAGCUUCCGUGUUGGAAGAAAGGAACACGACGUGAGCUCUCGGCAUUUCCUUUAUUCAGGCUGGUCGAUUGUGACGUCGCAUUCGAAUUGGACAUGACUGGUCUGGGCCAUCUUGACUUGUGAUUGGUUCAUCUAGUCCUCUUUUUUUCUUUACGAUGAUCUAGUCAAAGGUAUUUAAUAGCCGGAACUAACUGGAGUACAAAACAUUCCGUUGGGGUGCUGUGCACCUUUUCCAGAACUUUCUCCCUCGUUAUUUAUAUUAAAUGCAGCAUUCAGGAUUAAGUGCUUGUUCUGUUGGCUCGAUUCGACACGCAAUGAGUAACAGAUGAUAUUCUAAUUGGAAAACAAUGAUGCCCAUAUCACAAUCAUUAUGCAGAAAAAAAGAAGUCGUCUUUUUUUCUUCUUUUUAGAAUAGCUGUAAUGUUAUUGGUCAUUGUGCUGUAAAUAAACCAGUGUGUCUCUG